AUGUCAAUGUAUUUUAGAGAAUUGUUUCCGUCAAAUAAGGUUAUAAAAUUUAGAACUGAUUUUCGCAAUACAAUUUUUGAUUUAUUUUUGCAUAGAAAAUGGGAACUAACAAAUCAUGAAACAGAAUGGAACUUAUGUUGGUCAGAAAAAGAUUGGAUAAAUGAAGUUUAUGAUACAAUUUCAUUCAAAAAUAAUCAAUAUGUUAACCACUUUAGAAAUUAUUAUGAAUUAACUAGAAAAGAUCUACUAGCUAAAAAUAUAAAAAGAUUAAAAAAGCAAAAUGAAAAAAUAAAAAACGAAGAAGAAAUAAAAAACUUAGAUAUAACACCUAUGACUUUUGUAUUGCCAUUGGAAUAUAAAAUAUUUUUAGAGGAAUAUAAAAAAAAGAACAAUCGCAUUUGGAUAAUGAAACCAAUAGGAAAAUCCCAAGGAAAAGGCAUUUUUUUAUUUGAUAAAAUUUCUCAAAUUAAAGAAUGGAACAUUAACAAAAAUAAAUUAAAUGAAGAAAAAGACAAAGAAAAAGAAAAACCAGAACAAUAUAUAGUUCAAGAAUAUAUUUCAAAUCCCUUAUUAAUUGGUGGAAAGAAAUUUGAUAUAAGAUUAUAUGUUUUAAUUUUAUCGUAUUACCCGCUUACUAUAUAUUUAUAUAGAAAUGGUUUUGCAAGAUUUUCACACACUUAUUUUAAAAAUGAAAAAAAUAAUAUGAAUGACAUUACUAUGCAUUUAACAAAUAUAUCUAUACAAAAAAAUGCAGAAGGAUAUGAUGAUAAUGUAGGAGGAAAAUGGUUUAUACGUGAGUUAUUUUUAUAUUUAAUUAGUCGUUAUGGAUAUAAAAAUAUAAUGACAUUAAUAAAAGAUAUUGAAAAUUGCAUAGUUCAAUCAUUCUUAGCUGUUCAUAAAAUUAUAAUAAACGAUAAGCAUUGUUUUGAAUUAUAUGGUUUUGACAUUUUGAUUGAUAAUAACCUAAAACCAUGGUUAAUUGAAGUUAAUUCAUCCCCAUCCUUUUCUUCUAAUACAAAAGAAGAUUAUACUUUAAAAUUUAAUUUAUUAGAUGAAUUGAUGACUUUAAUAAAUAUUGAAAAAUAUGACAUACCUACAACAGAUAGAGUUGGAGAUUUUGAUUGCAUUUAUAGAAAUGGAGAAAAAGUUAAUAAUGUUGAUCCUUUUAAUUUUUAUUCUUACUUGGGAGCACAUUUAUCAGGAACAGAAAAUUUAAAAAAUAUUGCAAAAAAUAUUAAAAUGAAAUCAAACACAAUUAUAAACUAA